UAAUCAGACUAAACCUACUUUUCAUUGUUUGAUCUUGCUAGGUUGGCAGCCUCGGUGGUUUGUUUUAGACAAUGGGAUAUUGUCAUACUAUGAUUCACAGGAUGAUGUUUGCAAAGGCAGCAAAGGAAGUAUAAAGAUGGCUGUAUGUGAAAUUAAAGUUCAUGCAACAGACAACACAAGGAUGGAGCUAAUCAUCCCAGGGGAACAGCAUUUCUAUAUGAAAGCAGUUAAUGCAGCUGAAAGGCAAAGGUGGCUGGUAGCACUGGGGAGUGCAAAAGCCUGUUUAGCAGAUACCAGAACAAAAAAAGAAAAAGAAAUUAGUGAGACCAGUGAAUCUCUUAAAACCAAAAUGUCCGAACUUCGUCUCUACUGUGAUCUUUUAAUGCAGCAAGUUCACACAAUACAAGAAUUUAUUCACCAUGAUGAGACUCGCUCUCCUCCCAGCAUUGAGAACAUGAAUGAAGCCUCUUCCUUGCUUAGUGCCACAUGUAAUACGUUUAUCACAACGCUUGAAGAAUGCGUGAAGAUUGCAAAUGCCAAGUUUAAGCCAGAAAUGUUCCAGCUGCCUCACCCUGAUCCCUUAGUUUCUCCUGUGUCACCAUCACCUGUCCAAAUGAUGAAGCGUUCCAUUAGCCACCCUGGUCCUUGCUAUUCAGAAAGGAAUAAUCUCUCUGUAAAAGAACCAGCUUCAUCUGUUCACCGAUUUUCACAGCAGCGCAGAAGAACAUACUCGGAUACAGAAUCUUACAGUGAUACUCCCUUUGAAGAUUCUCAGAGAUCUGCUCACUGUUCUAGAAGUGCUGUUAAUGGAGAUUUGGUAUCAUCAACCAUUCCUGAAGAAAAUAGAUCAGUAUCAAAGGAAAGAUCUGAGCUGGAAGAGACUUUUUCAACCUUUUCUUCCUGAAGAAACUGAAAGUACUCAAUUUUCGAUAAAUAAUGCUAUGCAAAAGCUGCUGUAAUUAUCCUGUUGUUAUAGGAAGUAGUCAUUUCCCUUUUUAGAAGGAUUUCUCUGCACUUUAUAGAAUAACAUAAAAACUAUCUUUGAAGUGUAUUUUAUCUUUAUAUAGUUUAUUUGCAAGAGUAUUUUCCUAAUAUUUCACAGGUUGAGUGUGCAUUUUUUGGAACAAAUGGUGGCUUAACAGAUAAGCAUCCACAUUUGUAAAUGUAGCUCUUUUUAAAAAGUGUGAAAGUCUGACUGA